GCUAGCAGAGUGCUGACGAGAAACUCCUGGUUCUUCUCAUAAACUAGCUGGGAACAUUUUUGUUCUGCCCGACAAGUACAAUAAAGAUACAACAGUCCUUCUGAGAUGCAAGGAGUGAACGUAAGAUGUAAAGUGAGAAAUUAAUAUUCACCACUGCAGCACUGCCAAAAGCCAGGGGGCAAGCUUUAAAUUAAGGAUCCCGGAGUAGACAUGGCAUUCCGACAAAUGCGUAGAGGCAGCAGUCCGUGAGCUCAGUUUUUAGACCAUGCUGCCUGAUCCUCUCGAGUCUCCAAAACCAACAAGAGGGACAAGUAUCAGCCUUCAGAAUACAAUGUCUGGUUCAGCCGGUAACAUCUUGUCCAACCCACCAGACUCCACCAGCAUGCUGGCCAUCGACAGGAUGCAGGAGUCUCUAAUCCAGCCCUUCAACACCUCUGGAAUCAACACAACCUUAUAUCUGACAAUCACGGAAGAGUCCAAAUUCCCUUCACUUCUGGACUCAGGAUUUUUAAAAGGCGAGCAGUUGCACAAGAAUGGGCUGCAGUGGGCAGCGCUUCUGAUUCUAAUGAUCAUCAUACCAACAAUCGGAGGGAAUAUACUUGUUAUUUUAGCAGUGUCUCUGGAGAAGAAACUCCAGAACGCCACUAACUACUUUCUCAUGUCACUCGCGGCAGCGGACAUGUUGGUUGGACUGCUGGUGAUGCCGGUCGCUCUUCUAAACAUUCUGUUCAAUUCCGAAUGGGUUUUACCCUCUGAGCUGUGCCCUAUCUGGAUCUUCCUGGAUAUCCUUCUAUCCACAGCCUCCAUCAUGCACCUGUGUGCAAUCUCGCUGGACCGUUACAUUGCUAUUAAAAAGCCUAUUCAUCACAGUCGCUUCAACUCUAGGGCCAAGGUUCUCAUUAAGAUCACUGUGGUGUGGCUCAUCUCAAUUGGCAUUGCUGUUUCAAUUCCCAUCAAAGGUCUGCAAGAUAAAACAAACACCUUCAUGAACAAGUCCUGCAUCCUCAAAAUUGAUAAAUUCAAAGAUUUCAUCAUCUAUGGAUCAAUGGCUGCAUUUUUCAUUCCCCUUGCUAUCAUGAUCGUUAUUUACUUCCUGACAAUUCAAGUGCUGAGGAAGAAAGCCUAUCUGAUUAAAGCAAAGCCACCCCAACACUUCAACUGGGCCACUGUCUCAACGGUCUUUCAAUCCAACACGUCGCCAGAGAAGGUGGCAAUGCUAAAUGGCUCCCACAAGGACAGGACACUUUCCCUCUCCACUGACGACAUGCCUAUCAGAAGACUCUCCACCUUGGGUAAAAAGUCUAUGCAGAGCAUCAGCAAUGAGCAGCGAGCAUCCAAAGUUCUAGGAAUUGUAUUCCUCCUGUUUUUGGUGAUGUGGUGCCCCUUUUUUGUAACAAACGUCACUUCUGUGCUCUGCAAGAGCUGUGACCCAGAACUCAUCGGAACCCUGAUGGAAAUCUUUGUCUGGGUAGGUUAUGUCUCCUCAGGGGUUAAUCCUCUUGUCUACACUCUUUUCAAUAAGACCUUCCGCCAGGCUUUCCAGCAUUACAUUACAUGCAACUAUGCAAGAAAUAAACCGGUGAAAAUGCUUAGAAAAUGCUCCAGUCGAAUCUCAUUUCGAACUUCCAUGAAUGAGAAUUCCAGGUUCUUCAUGAGACACAAUGGGCUGAACCCAAUGUAUCCAAGUCCUCUGCGGCUGAGGUCUGCUCCUAUCCAAACCACAUCAUCAGUAAUGUUAGACACAUUGCUGCUUGCUGAGAAUGAAAUGGAGAAAGCGGAAGAGGCCGUGAGCUAUGUAUAAAAGGGGGUAUGUGGUGGGGAGGGAAACAAUACCAACAAUUUAAAAUCUGCAGCGUGCAGGGAUCGAGCUCGUGGAUCAAAGCUUUACCCGGUAAAUGUUUGAAGAUUGCAUAAUAAUCUUUGUGGUACGUUACUUUAAUAGUUGUUUACAGUACAUCAUCCCAGGCUGAAUAGGUUUUGGAUGCCAUUAUUUAGGGGGUUGAAUUGAAUGCACUUGGACUCCUGUAAAAUCCCAUGUGACAUGCCAUAGACGGCUUAUCCUAUUAGAAACAUUAACAUUGAUGUAAUUUAUAAAAUGAAGUACAAAGCCAUGGAAUCCUGAACAAUUUUGUUCUGCAUUUCAAACAGUUAUUUUAUGAGCCAUGUCUAUCCAUGUUUAGAUUUACAUACUACAGUAUAAAAAAUGUGCAAAGACAUGGUGUGAUAUUACACUGCAGUGAAGAGAAGAGGACUCCUAUCUUUGAUACUGCUAUUUACAACUGACAACUCAACAGUCUACUGGAGGUGAUAGAACAAAUGUUUUGCUAGGACAGAAAAUGCCACAGACUUCCUCAAGGUGAACUUGGUCUGGCAAAGGAACUCGACCUUUGGGAGUUGAAGAGAUUCCAUUGCAACAAUUAAAAAGAUGAAAUAUUGUA